AAGAAGCAGCUCUGCUCUCCCUCCCUUCCUCCCUCCCAUCUUCCCACCCCGGCUGGGCACUGGCCAUAGAGCAGCUGGGGGCCUUCAGAGAGAACCCGCGCAGCCUCCUGUAGGUGGCAACACUGCCACCUGUUUGACCAGUGGGGCUGAGCCAAGGACUGGAAGAAGGAGGAGGCAGACAACUCGGAGAGAAGCUGGGAAGCAGUGCAGAGCAGAGAGCAGAGCGGAGCUGCUGCUGAGAAAAGGCCCUCGCCAUGGCCGAGUCCCCCGGCUGCUGCUCCGUCUGGGCCCGCUGCCUCCACUGCCUGUAUAGCUGCCACUGGAGGAAAUGCCCCAAAGAGAGGAUGCAAACCAGCAAGUGCGACUGUAUCUGGUUUGGCCUGCUCUUCCUCACCUUUCUCCUCUCCUUGGGCUGGCUGUACAUCGGGCUCAUCCUUCUCAAUGACCUGCACAACUUCAAUGAAUUCCUGUUCCAACACUGGGGACACUGGAUGGACUGGUCCCUGGCAUUUCUGCUGGUCAUCUCUCUACUUGUCACAUAUGCAUCCCUGCUAUUGCUCCUGGCCCUGCUCCUGCGGCUCUGUGGCCAGCCUCUGCAUCUGCACAGUGUCCACAAGAUGCUGCUGCUCCUCAUCAUGCUUCUUGUGGCCGCUGGCCUCGUGGGACUGGAUGUCCAAUGGCAGCAGGAGUGGCGUAGCUUACGUCUGUCACUGCAGGCCACAGCCCCGUUCCUUCAUAUUGGAGCAGUUGCUGGCAUCACCCUCCUGGCCUGGCCUGUGGCCGAUACCUUCUACCGUAUCCAUCGAAGAGGUCCCAAGGUUCUGCUACUGCUCCUAUUUUUUGGAGUUGCCCUGGCCAUCUACCUGGCCCCACUGUGCAUCUCCUCACCCUGUAUCAUGGAACCCAGAGACUUACCCCCCAAGCCUAGUCUGGUGGGACACCGAGGGGCCCCCAUGCUGGCCCCUGAGAACACCCUGAUGUCACUGAGGAAAACAGCUGAAUGUGGAGCUGCUGUGUUCGAGACUGAUGUGAUGGUCAGCUCUGAUGGGAUCCCCUUCCUCAUGCAUGAUGAGCACCUGAGCAGGACCACAGAUGUGGCCUCAGUGUUCCCAGCCCGAACCUCCUCCCACAGCAGUGACUUCUCCUGUGCUGAACUGAAGAAGCUCAAUGCCGGGACCUGGUUCCUAGAGAGGCAACCCUUCUGGGGGGCCAAACGGCUGUCAGACCCUGAUCGGAAGGAGGCUGAGAACCAGACAGUCCCAACAUUAGAAGAGCUGCUGAAGGAAGCUGCAGUCCUUAACCUCUCCAUCAUGUUUGACUUGCGCCGCCCCCCACGAAAUCACACAUACCAUGACACAUUUGUGAACCAGACACUGGAGACUGUGCUGAGUGCAAGGGUGCCCCAAGCCAUGGUCCUUUGGCUUCCGGAUGAAGAUCGCGCUAAGGUCCAACAACGGGCACCUAGAAUGCGCCAGAUAUAUGGACAGCAGGGAAGCAACAGAACCGAGAGGCCCCAGUUUCUCAAUCUCCCUUAUCAAGACCUGCCACUGUUGGAUAUCAAGGCACUCCACCAGGAUAAUGUCUCGGUGAACCUAUUCGUGGUGAACAAGCCUUGGCUCUUUUCCCUGCUCUGGUGUGCAGGGGUGGACUCAGUCACCACCAACGACUGCCAGCUGCUGCAGCAGAUGCGUUACCCCGUCUGGCUUAUUCCCCCUCAAACCUACCUAAUGAUGUGGAUCAUUACCAAUUGUGUCUCCACCCUGCUGCUUCUGUGGACCUUCCUCCUCCAAGGGAGAUGUAAGAAGGAGAGAGAGAAAACUGGCUUGGAAACAGCAGUGCUGCUGACCAGGAUCAACAAUUUCAUAAUGGAGUGAAUGCCCAGCCCUGGACCCCCACCUAGUAGAGUCUCAGGCUUCUCUGGAUUGGCUAACAGCAAGGGAGAGAGAGUGACUGAGGUGGAAAGUUGGUGGGGUUGGGGUGGGGUAAACUUUGUCAACAGGAGGUUUUGAACUAUGAGGGCUCUCUGCACAGAUGGUAGGCAUGCUGCAAGCCUCCAUGGAGUCUGCUCCCCUUAGGGUUUUGACCUGAGGUUAGGUUAGGAAGACAGUGACUCAUGGGACGUUUCUCUGCAAAUGUAACUGCAGAAGUGGGAAGGAGGUUGCCCAGAUAAGUUUCAGACCUGUGUGCAUGUGUUCUAGAGUAGAAGACACAGAGUGUGUUAGGGAUGGGAUAGCUUGGACCAGUGACUGAAGGAGAUGACAAAAUGGCCUUUCCUGGAGAACUAAGAUGAUGGAGUCACCAAUCCCCCUCCAUUCACUGUCUCCCCUGACCCCUGCAAUUUAGCUGCUUUCCUGCCUAGAUGCUGAGGGCUAGAGCCCAUCUAGUCAUUUAAUUCUGUGACUAAACUGGCUUUUUGCUGUGCACAAACUUUUCUUCAAAACAGGUUGGUUCCUGUAUGGCGUCAAUCUGUCUAUUCAAUAAAUUUAACUCCUGUUUU